CCGCCGCCUUACGGAACAAAUAAAUGAAAAAGGCUCUUCGACGCCUUAUUUUCUUUACCAUUUCCUCUGAUCGUUUCGAUCGAUUUUGACUCAAGACGAUGGCUGCGGGCGGUGGGCAGGCGGCGGUGUCGUUCUUGACGAACGUGGCGCGGGCGGCGAUCGGGUUGGGUGCCGGCGCGACGAUACUGAAUGCAUCUCUGUACACGGUGGACGGCGGGCAGCGCGCGGUGCUGUUUGAUCGUUUCCGAGGGGUGCUGCCGGAGACGGUGGGAGAAGGAACCCACUUUCUCGUCCCGUGGUUGCAGAAGCCCUUCAUCUUCGACAUUCGCACCCGUCCCCAUACCUUCACCUCCAACUCUGGCACGAAGGAUCUGCAGAUGGUCAACCUCACCCUCCGCCUUCUCUCUCGCCCCGAUGUUCAACAUCUGCCUACUAUUUUCACUUCCCUCGGUACGGAGUACGACGAGAAGGUCCUCCCCUCCAUAGGUAACGAGGUUCUCAAGUCUGUGGUCGCGCAGUUCAACGCCGACCAGUUGCUCACCGAGCGGCCACAUGUCUCUUCCCUCGUUCGCGAUUCCCUCAUCCGGCGCGCGCGGGACUUCAACAUAGUUCUCGACGACGUCGCCAUCACCCACCUCUCUUAUGGCGUCGAGUUCUCCAGCGCCGUCGAGAAGAAGCAAGUCGCUCAGCAGGAGGCGGAGCGGUCCAAGUUCCUUGUUGCCCGUGCCGAGCAGGAGCGUCGUGCUGCUGUCAUUCGUGCUGAGGGUGAAAGUGAGGCUGCCAAGCUUAUCUCUGAUGCCACCGCCGCAGUUGGUACUGGCCUCCUCGAACUCCGUCGGAUUGAGGCUGCUCGUGAGAUCGCCACCACUCUUUCCAAGACACCCAACGUUGCCUAUCUUCCUGGAGGGAAUAACAUGCUUCUCGGGAUCAACCCCACCCAAGGACGUUGAAGAAAAUGUAUUCCUUAAACCCUGCUUCUUUUUCCGCUUUCAUCCUACCUAAUGCCAAAAGAGUUGUUUUCUGAUUCAAAUUUGUUAACUCUGCCGGUACGUCAUUAAUGCUUAGUUGCAUCGGAAAACUGUGAUGCUUAGUUUUAUGGUGCACUUUUUCCAUUAUCAACCUGUCUGGAGUUUUCAAAACUCUUGAUACAUUUCUGAUGCAUUCAUAAUAUCAUUGAGAGUUUCUACGUUCGUUUUCA